AUGGAUAAUAUGGUAGAGAAUAACGGGAAUUUUGAAGAAGAGUUAGAUCCUCAACUAUGGACUGCUUUAGCUGGAAAUCUGGCGAAAACUAUAAGGAAAGAUAAAAAGGUACACUUUUUCCCUCAAGGGUAUCAAGAACAAGCCGAUGGAAUUGUUGAUUUUGAAAACAUUCCUUCGUCAAUUGAAUCUUCUAUAAAGUGUAAGGUUUUGGGUAUUAAGUAUUUGGCUAAUCAUGAAACUGACGAGGUUUAUCUCAAGAUUAACUUGCUUCCUGUUCCUGUAAACGGAAGUUGUUCUCUUGACGAGGAUGACGAUGACGAUGACAACGGUGAUAUUCAUAAACUUGUUGCAUUUGCGAAAACAUUAACGACGUCGGAUGCAAAUAACGGUGGUGGAUUUUCAGUUCCUAAGUAUUGUGCAGAUACAAUGUUUCCUAUACUCAACUUUGACGAUGACCCACCUGUUCAAAACCUUCGAAUUAAAGAUGUUCAUGGAAGAAUCUGGACGUUUCGUCAUAUUUACAGAGGAUCGCCAAGACGCCACCUUUUAACAACGGGAUGGAGUGGUUUUGUCAAUAAUAAGAAACUCGUCAGCGGGGAUUCAAUUGUUUUUGUCAAGGAUAACAAUGGUGAAAUCCGGGUCGGUCUCCGUCGUAGAAUAAACAAAGAAGCAAGUGGAGACCAGACUGAAUCAUCAUCAUCAUCAUCAUCGGCGCCACAGCCGCCGCAGCCGCAGCAGCCGCGUUCCCGUUGGAAUGAAACAAAAAUAAGCCCGGAAUCAGUCAUUGAAAGUUUAAACCUUGCGAGUAAAGGUGAGGCGUUUGAAGUGGUUUACUAUCCUCGAGUAAACGCUCCAGCGUUUUGCGUUGAUUCGUUGAAGGUAACUAAAUCGCUUAAGAUUCCUUGGGAUGCUGGUUCUAGUUGUAAAAUAGAAUUAGAAAAUGAAGAUUCGUCAAGGACAAGUUGGUUUAAUGGAACUAUAACAUCAGUUGAACCAUUCGAUCCAGAUCAUUGGAAAUUAUCACCAUGGAAGAGUAUUAAGGUUAAAUUGGAAAAUGAUCUUGAUAAAGUAGAAAUUGUAAGUCCGUGGAUGAUUGAAUCAGUUGUACCAAUCAUUCCUAAACUUAUAAAUCUAUCAUUAUCACAACCAAAGAAGAAGUCAAGAUAUGAUCAUCAGCCUUCAUUGUUGACUCCCCUGUCAUCAAUGUUUUCCGGCGACCUCCGAAAGGGUGUUGUUCCAUUUAAUAAUUAUUAUUGUAAUGUUACUCUUAUGGGCAUGCAGGGAGCCAGGCAAGAUCCAAAUGGGUCAUUAUUAUCAUCAUCAUCAAUGGUUAAUUAUUACAAUCAGUUUCAAACUUCAGAUUCUUACGAGAUUUUGAAACCUAAUCAUCCUGGUAGUGUGACCAUCGCCGCCGCCGGCGAGGUGGUUGCCGACGGGAAGGAAAAAGAUGAGAAUGAUUCAAGCCAUAUUUAUAUUUUCGGAACACGAAUAGAGAAGGUGAAGUUAGAUGAUGAGAGCCCAUCUGAAGAAGGCAUGGAUGAUGAUGGUCAAGGAGAUGGAAAUGGUAAUGAAAGCAGUGAGGAAUAA